AUGGAGGUCAUUGCAGACUUUUGUGAGGGCAGUUUCAGUGGAGUGAAGAGAAUGGAAGCAGGACUGAAGUGGGUCAAGCAAGGAGUGGGAGGAAUGAAAGACAGUAAGGUGGUUGUAGACAAUACGCCGGAGUUUAGUAGCAAAAAGGAGGAGAAAAAUGGGUCAGUAGUUGGAGAGUGUGUUAGGAUAAAGGACCUUCGACGGUUCUGCAGGGCCACACAACAGAUUCUGCACUCAUCUUGUUUUGUAAGCGUGGGCUUUCUACCAGUUCUUGAGGCUGAUUUUGUCGAUCCACUGCUCGCAACCCUUAUGCAGAGUUUCCUUACACCUGACUUUGUAACCGCCCAAACUCUUCGCAAUUUCUUCGCAGGCUCUGAGACCCAGAGCGUAGGGAUAAUCAUUUCCUUGUUACAAGGUGAUCCACAAUCUUGGGCCUUUGGCCUUUCAGCAGAUCACCCUAAUCUGUUUUCCGUGGAUUCUUUCUUUAAGGCCCUAGAUGUUCUCUAUGAUGAUCCAGAUCGUGCAGCAACUGCCGAGGCCCAUCUUCGUUCUCUUAAACAAGGCAUAAACUCCGUUGAGGUGUAUUGUGCUGAAUUUCGCAGAUGGGCCAAUGAUUGUUGCUGGAAUGAUCCGGCACUUCGGAGUCAGUUCCGGUUAGGAUUAACUGAACAAAUCAAGGAUUUUCUUGUCCAAUAUCCUUCUCCGGCCACCUUGGAUGCACUCAUGGAGCUAGCCAUCAAAGCUGAUAGGCGAAUUCGGGAGCGAAGAAUGGAAAAGGAGGUCCCCUCACCUACAGUAUAUCCCGUUGAUCAUUGCCAGAAGUUGAAGGGGAUAUGGAGCUUUCUGUUUAACACCGCGAGAGAAGAUAACCCUCAGUGUGGUGUAAAUAUAUAUUUUACCAUUGAUACAUCUAAGAGUGCAUCUUUGAAGUAUACAUCUGGCAGCCUUAUGGAUGAAAUUAAGAUCUUUCUUAGGACCUUUGUCACAAAUUUACAAGAAAUCAAGGAGAAUAGCAGCCAAAUAAAAUGGAGAUAUGGAGCACUCCAGUUCUCUGAAGUUGUGAAACCUAUCAUCAGUCUCACAGACCAAGCAUCUAAUUUUAACACAAUGGUUAAUAAAGUCAAUGAUACUGGUCAUGGCACAUAUGUUGAUUGCGCUUUGAAGGCAACAACUGAAGCUUUCCAGAAGGAGACUGCAGCAAGUGGGGGCCCGAAGUUUGCAAUUGUUCUAACAGAUGGUUAUACCACUGGAAAUCUAUGUGGAGGAACUUUUGAGGCCUCUGAAGCAAUGAGGACUGCUGGCAUUAAAACAUUUGUAGUGGCCACAAGUUUGGACACAAUAGAAAGUGAAUUGCUCACAAUUGCCAGUUCCCCUGCAGAAAUAUACUGGAAUAAUUACCAAGCUAAUGGAAACAAAGACAGAAACAGGACUAUCAGUAAGAUCAUCAAUAUAAUGGUAAAAGAAGCUGGAUCAGAGUGUGAGGAAGUACUGUGUUUAGCAAGGAACGGAGCUCCUGGUCAAAAGGGAUUGAAGGGUUUUAAGGGCAUGAAAGGAAAUAUUGGACCAUCUGGCAACACAGGACCACCAGGAGCACAGGGUGAUUUGGGAAUGGAAGGUUCAAUUGGUUUUCCUGGUCAAAAGGGUUACCCUGGACAGAAAGGAGAACAAGGAGACUAUGGAGAGCCAGGUGUAAAGGGGGAACCCGGAAAAACAGGAAUCAGUGGGGCUCCAGGGGAAACGGGGAAACCUGGUCGUAUGGGCUCAUCAGGUUGUAAAGGAAGAGUAGGACUUCAGGGGGAAGUUGGAGCACGUGGUAAUGUUGGACUAAGAGGAAUGCCAGGAUAUACCGGGGAGAAGGGGUUUCCUGGAAUACAGGGUCAUUCUGGUCCUCCUGGACCUAAGGGAGAUGUAGGAGACAAGGGACCUUCAGGAUACCGGGGAAAUGUUGGUCUUCCUGGAAUUAAAGGAUUAAAGGGAAAAGUGGGUCGUGCAGGAAUUGAUGGCGAACAGGGAAUACGAGGAGAUAAUGGACUCCCUGGACCACGUGGGACUUUAGGUGAUAAAGGGCAACAGGGAGAACCCGGAGAAGAAGGCCAGAGAGGGUUACCAGGUGAAAAGGGAAACCAAGGAGGGGCAGGUGCUCCUGGUUUUCCUGGCUCAAGAGGUCCACCGGGGAAAAGUGGAAUCAUAGGCAAGAAAGGGAGCCCUGGUGAACCUGGUGAUAUUGGUGCAAGAGGUGAAUCUGGAUUACCUGGACCCAUUAUUUAA